AUGACAACUUUGGCAUUAUGGAAGGACUCAUGGCCACAGUACAAGUCAUUACUGGUACCCAGAAGACAGGAGAUAGAUGGCCCCUCUGGCAAGUUGUGGUAUGAGGGAUAUGGCACUGCCCAAAACAUUAUCUUUACUUCCCUUGAUGCUGCUCUGGCUGUGAGCGAAGUCAUCCCUGAAUGGAAUGGAAAGCUCAUAGACAAGGCUUUCCAUGUUCCUACUACUGAAGUCUCUGUUGCAGAUCUGGCCUGCUGCCUGGAAACACCUAACAAGUACGAUGAUAUCAAGAAAGUGGUGAAGCGAGCAUCAGUAGGACGCUUGAAGGGCAUCUUGGGCCCCACAGCCAGAGAAAUUGAUUUCAAAUCUUAG